UCUCUCCUAGAGCACAGGAUCAGGCCUUCCUUUGCUUUCCAUGGCUUUUGCUUCAGCCACCCCCAGAUUUUUGCGUUCUUCUCCCACCCACUCCACGGGAAUUCUUCAAAAACCAGUGACUCCAUUUGUGAAGACCCAUUUACAGUCAUCAUUAGCUUUCAAUGGCAUUCAGAUCUUACAUAAAAGCCUCAAUGACCAACGAAUUUCACGGCCAAUUAGAGCUAUUGGGCCCAAAUCAUGGUCGGUCCCUGUUGCUCCAGACAGUAGUCACUCUUGCCGGCAAAUUAUGGUGAAAUCUAUGAGCAAGGGAGGUGGGAGUGUCUCUGUUGGGUUUCAGAGUGUAGUCGGUAUUUUGCAUCUGUUAGUUUCGCUCGGAAUCAUUCUGGCAAUGGAUAAAUUUUUGAAACAGGCUUUUGUAGCCGCGGCUAUCAAGUUUCCAAGUGCCCUUUUCGGGAUGUUCUGUGUGUUUUCCGCUCUGAUGAUUCUUGAUUCGGUAGUCCCUUCAGCUGCAACAAGUUUGAUGAACUUUUUCGAGCCAGCAAAUUUGUUUAUUCAGAGGUGGCUUCCAUUGUUUUAUGUUCCUUCUUUGGUGGUUUUGCCUCUGGCUGUGAAGGAUAUUCCUGCGGCUUCAGGGGUCAAGAUCUGUUUGAUCAUAGUUGUGGGUUGGCUGGCUUCACUUUCUGUUGCUGGUUACACAGCAAUAGCUGUAAGAAAGAUUGUGAAGACACAAAUGAUAGCUGCUGAACCCAUGUCAAAACCUUCCCCAUUUUCAACGUUUGAAGUGUGGACUUGGACUGGAAUUUUCCUUGCGUCAUUUAUUUCUGCAUUGCUAUAUCCAACAGUACUUGGGACAAAUGCAAGAACAUGCCUGCCUUUCCUACUUGCAGCUACCGUGUUAGGUUACAUGGUUGGUUCUGGGUUGCCUUCUGAUAUCAAGAAGGUGUUCCACCCAAUUAUUUGUUGUGGGCUAUCAGCAGAUUUGGCGGCGUUAGCUUUUGGGUAUUUAUCAAAGUCUGGAUUGGAUGCUGUUCUAGGAUAUUAUCUCACGAAAGUUUCAUCUAAUCCUGGAGCUGGUGACAUUCUGAUGGGAUUUUUGGGAUCUGUUAUUAUUUCUUUUGCCUUUUCAAUGUUCAAACAGAGAAAGCUUGUCAAGAGGCAUGCAACAGAGAUUUUCUCAACUGUGAUCAUCUCCGCAUUAUUCUCAUUGUAUUCAACUGCACUCAUAGGGCGUCUUGUUGGCCUAGAACCUGCUUUGACUAUAUCGAUUUUGCCAAGAUGUAUAACAGUUGCAUUAGCCCUCAGCAUUGUCUCCUUUUUUGAAGGUGCUAAUGCAUCUCUCACAGCUGCUGUUGUUGUACUAACUGGUCUUGUCGGUGCAAAUUUUGUACAAACGGUGCUUGACAAACUUCGUUUGAAUGAUCCUAUAGCUCGAGGAAUAGCAACGGCAUCUAGUGCUCAUGGAUUAGGGACGGCAGCUUUAUCAGCAAAGGAGCCUGAAGCCCUCCCUUUCUGUGCAAUUGCUUAUGCUCUAACUGGAAUCUUUGGCUCAUUAAUUUGUUCAGUUCCAGCAGUCAGACAGAGCCUGCUUCUGAUAGUCGGAUAAAAUUAUUUGCUAGUUACACACAAGUAAUUAUUUAUGGGGCUUUAGUAUGAGUAGCCUUCCCCUGAAAUAGAUUUUUGAGAAAGGUUUCUAUUUUUCUAUUAUACAGCCCACUACUAGCUUACUGUACAGUAUAUUGUAAAGGGAGAAUCUUUAUUCAGAAACUUGCAAAUCCAUUUUCCUUUUUA